GAUAGAUAGAUAGAUAGGUAGAUAGAUAGAUAAAUAGAACACUUUGGGAUGUGCUGUUUUUGGGAAAAUAAUCAACGCCGGACUGGUGUGAUGAAGUCAUUUUCCAAUAACAGCACAUCCUGAAGUGUUUUUUACUCCUCUUAUACCACGGCAAUUUGCAAACGAGUACCAUUUUUAUUUAUUAACAAGCACUAGCCAUUUAUAGCUACAUUUAAUGUCAUGGAAAGUUCACGAAAAAAACGCAAGCUAGUUCAUGUUAUCGCUUACGUUAUAGCAGCUAUAAACAUUCGCUUAACUUUAUAAGACAAAAGAAAUGGCACUCAUUACUGAAAUGACUCAAAACCUGAGUGGAAAAACUGAGUGGAAAAACUUCUUGUGGUGGAAAACUUAAAAGUUAUGGAUUUACCUCUAACUGUUACAAAGCACUGACACUGGAGACUCCUUCCAUGAAUGUUAAGUAAACGUCUCUGUACAGAAAAAGUCACCAUACCAAUGAUUAUUCUUAUUAUGCUACCAUGUGGAGUGGGCGCUAUAUAGAACAUGCGAGACCAUAUGGAACAUGGAUAACACUUUGCUGAUGUUUAAUGAAAUGCGAUUGGUUGUACUCCGAGGUAAUCCAUCACUCCGUGGACGUCCUGCGCAGGUGCUCUAUGAGUGGACGCUGACAGAGCGCUGGUUUCACCACGUGCAUCUAUCGUUGCCGUUCUUAUUAUGUUCUGCACAAGAACAUACCGGCGGUGAUCCAUCACUCUGUCCCAUCGGAUAAAGAAUUCUUUGUGUUAGAUGUUUGCACAGAGUUGGUGCCAUAGAGCUUUCCUAGAUGGCUUAGAUCACGCUUCUGCACACGGACGCGUUUCUUAUACGUUACGUAGCGUGUUUUAACUUUUAUUCCUCAGGCCAGCUUUUCCCGAACGUCCCACGUCGAUCGCAAAACAAUGCACCAGAGGUAUUGCUCUUUUUCUUUUCAUUUUAAACGAGACCCCAUUGCUAAUGCGUUGCUUAAAUGUUCAGACCAUUCAGUGUAAUCAUUAAUGCUGUGUAUACACAAGAGCAGGAAGCUUCAUUCGUCUGUAAAUUGAUUAGCCGUCCUGAAAAGUGUGGUUAAUUAACCAGAGCAGGUCGCAUUAUAAAUAUUAAUGAGCUUGUUUUUGGAAAGUGCUCUGUUAGUGUCUGAUAAGUAAGGAUUAGCACUACAAAAGACAAAGCUGCUUUGUCAUAAAAAUUAAUGCUGUACUUAGAGGGGAAUUUAAUGACACUAGAGGAAAGAGAGAUGGAUCAUCUGAUAGACACUUGAUACAGGAUGAGGAAUGCAAUCAUGUAUAGUCAGAAAUGUAUAUAUUCCAUUGUACAGCAUUAGAAAUAUCAAGCUGUGUCCUGAUGGAGUCUAAGACAAAAUGUUCACAGUUUAUUUCACGAUACUUCAUCCAUAGAUAGUUCAAAUGUUUGUCUCAGUUCAUGAAAAAUGACAUGUUUCCUGGAAACUCGUAUAAUAAAUAAUAAAUGAUCCUCAGGGGAUUGUGGGUAGCGACAUCACCUUUUUUUAAAUUGGAGUAUUGCUAUCAAUUCAAACCUUUUUUUUAACUUUAUUUUUAAUAUUUCCAGAUUUAAUUUCCAGUUUUCACGAGCAUUUGUAUAAGAUGUUGUGCGAACUUUACCUCAGGGCUUUCCAGAGUUCUCUUCAGAGACCGUCUUCAGGCAGAUCUCAGCACAGACCAUCAGGAAAGACGCUUUUGGUUACGGAGAGAAAAGUCUCUAAUGAGAAGAGUCAGUGUGUGUGUUAUAGGAGCAUCUAUCAGAUGUUGCGAGGCCCUGAGCUGCUGGAGAGGAAGAGGACGGAGACGGCGCUGAAGGCCGGAGAAGACCGCGCUAUUCUGCUUGGCCUCGGCAUGAUCUUCUGCUCCACCAUGAUGUACUUUGUGACCUGCAUCACUGGGGUGCGCUCAUACAGCGACAGCAAGUGGACGGAGAAGAGCAUGUGUACCAUCCUGAACAUCUCAGUAACUGAGGAGAUGAACUGCUCCUACAGCUGUGGUGUGGACUGCUCGAGGAGCUCCACGUUCCCCUGCGUGCAGGUCUACGUUAGCCUGAACUCCACCAAUCGCGUCGGGCUUCUCCAUCACAACGAAGAAUCAGAGAACACCGGAUAUAAGGUGAACAAAUGCUUCUACAUCCCGAAAUGUCAGAAGGCCCAUGCUGCUAUUCACGCUGUGAUAAUGAACGUCUCCGAGAAGUUGCGGGAACAGCGCCACAUCCCGUGCUACUACGAUCCCUCUGAUCACCAGGCCAACUUCCUCCUGAGCCGAUUAUACGGGAGCAGCGCCAUUUUCCUCUCUUUUUUCUGGCCUUCUUGCAUGCUAGCAGGAGGAGCCACCAUCAUCCUGUUGGUCAAACUUACCCAGUACCUGUCCAUCCUGUGCGAACACAUCAGCAAGCGCUCCAAGUGACUCCGUUUCAGUUUUAAUAUUCUGAUAAAUCAAAAUGGUUGAUCGAGUAGCACUGCGGUAUAACAGGGUUUACGUUUAUAUUUGUUUAACUAAAAUAACGAAAAAAAGCAGAGCAAACAUUAUAAUCGCAUAACAGAAUUACUAAAACAAGAAUCAGUCAUUCAGUCAUUAUAAAAUAUGGUGGAAAACAAAGUCUAGUUUAUUGUACAGCAUUUCAACAAGCUAUAAAACUAAAGAUUUUUUUUAUAUAUAAGAAUAUAGUUUUUAAGACAUUUUUAUUAGUGGUUUAAGAAAUUCGCAUAUAAAACUAAAAUCUAUCUGACCAUGAAGAUAAAUAAGCUGAAGCAAUUUAGUGAUACUGAUGAGAAAUCCAACAUGGCACAAUAUUUUCCAACAUAAUUCAUUUGAAAAUAAGAGAUUUUUUGUCUCUAGCAAAUUUCACAAAAGAUAAAUAGCAUUAUUGUAAGCUAUAAUGUCUAUAUUGGCCAUAAGUUGUCAAUCUUUUAGUUAAACCGUGUUAAUGUUUUCUUAGACCACACCAAAUUAAAAAUUUCUGCUGAAUUAUUCCAACUCGUGUGUAUAUGUUGAUAAAUGCCAAUGAGACGUUGAUUACCAAGCACGUUCAUGGGUUUAAAUGUAGCCAAACCCAACAAAACGGCAUAGCUGAAAAUGACAAAAUGAUGACUACAUGGUGAAAGACCACCUCUUCAGUGUGACAUUCAUUACAUCUUCCACUAAUGCAGCUUAGCCACUGCAGUGUGUCAGCUACAAUAGACACAUACAAAUUCUUCCUUCUUUUUAUAGGGUGCCAUUACUUUUGUCCUAACUGACUAGCCAGUCUUAUUUGUCUUAAAUUUCUCCUACCACAAUGGAUCGCUUUCUUUCAAGUCAAUAAUACAAUCUAAAGCCGAUCAGUCAAGGUUCACGUUAGUGAGUCUGCUUAUACGUACAUUUACACAAACUCAGGAAAUCUCGUUGUCUAUGAACAUUUUUCUGAAAUAACUGGAUUUUGUGGAAGUGCUCCUAUGAACGACUUACGAAAAAUUGAUCAUGUUCAGUUUGAUAAAUGAAGCCCAGUGUUAUUACAGUUUAAAUUAGGCUAAUUUGCUCCACAAUGAUUUAAUGUCUAACAAGAUAUCAAGAUAAUUAAAAAGAAGAUGGUCAUUCUCCCACACCUCAGUUAUUUCAUAACUCCACUGAGACACCACUAAAGGACCCAAAGUUAUUCUUCUAGCAGUCUCGGAACUUGAACUCAUAACCUUUAACCAAUACCUCAUUGCCCAAUGAGUCACAUU